CACUGAUAAGACUGUUUGACAUGGAACUGGGCAGGUAGGUAACUGAGCGUUCAUAAGAAAUCGAACCCGCAUUACCAUCCUACCGGAGAAACCCGCAGGCCCUGCUAUCUUUUCGACUACAGCUGUCUCUCAUAAAUGGACUGCCAUUCAGGGUUAGCACUUAUGGUGUCUUUAAUGAGCGACAUCCGGAGUUCUCCUGACAUUAGCCUAUCAGUCAACUUUGUUCACCUGUGAUCUUCCGAUGGAUUGCCCAGGCGAAGAUAGCACUAGUGACUGACCCCUCCUUCACAGUGGUGGGGUGUAGAUAACUCGUGUGUCGUUGAUUAAUGCCACGAUGAGCCGAACGACGUUUUUAUAUAUAAGAGGAUGUGAAGAUACCUGGGCCUUUGCUUUGCCCUCCUCCUCAGUAUCGACCAACGAUAUUUCUGCUCCCCUCUACCCCAAUGCCACACGCAAUUCAGCGGCCUCGUACUCCGAAACUGCAAAUGUAGCGGCCUCAGCACCUGAAUACAUGAGCAUGUGCCACACAAGGGCCACCCUAUGUAAAGUGACCCCAGAGUUGGGAGACACGUUGGUAAGCCAGAAACGAGCGCCAAUGGUGAAGUUGGUCGAGGAUACCAGCGUACAUGAUACCUUGAUUGCAGCCUGUGAUAGAUGGCGGUACUCUGAAUUGGGUGUACAGGGCUACCACGAGUCAUGCACCGACAAUUGCUGGGACGCUCUCCUCUCUCUUUCAAACUCGGUGGAAGCAGCGGUCGCAGAUGUAUUGAAAGGUUUCCAGGCCAAUCUGGGUGGACGAGUCCCCGAUCCGUUCAAUCUCUUUAUGAACAUUCCCAUCACGCAGGAAGGAAGUGGUGCCAAAAGGGGGUUGAGUUUCGAUGGUCCGGUUACGAAGAAGGGGGACUAUGUUGUUUUGGAGGCAUUAAGAGACGUGGUGGUCGUAAUGAGUGCCUGUCCUCAAGAUGUGCUGACAAUCAACGGAAAGAAUCCAGUUGAUGCACAUUUUGAGGUUUCAGGUUAG